AUGACGGCUGCUCUUGGGUUGAAUAAUAAGGAGCAGUCACACAUCAUUACAUGUGGGUUAUGUUUUAACGUUCUUAAAGACCCAUUAACGUUUGAUUGUCAACACAGUUACUGUGCAGCGUGUGUGCGUUCCAAAAUAGAGUCCCAACACUGUGAAGGUUUUGCAUGUCCUCUUUGUAAUGUGGUAUAUGCAAACGUCACUCUACGUAAUCUGGAUAAAUUUGCAGAUGGAGAAUUAUCUAGUCAAGUGGAAUUAAUGGCAGGAGGAGCAGAUGCUAAACUUAUUUGUCAAUGGUGUGAAGAAGCUCCUGCGGUAAUACAAUGUAAUGAAUGUAUGUAUGUUUAUUGUGUGGAAUGUAAUACGGCUGUUCAUAAGAGUGCUGCCAAGCGUGGACAUAUGACCGGUAAAAUUGCUGAUCCUCAUGCGCUGAAAGGAAUACAAAAGAAGUGUAGUGUCCGUGGUCAUGAGGAGUACCGAGCAGAAUUUUACUGUACAGUGUGUGAAGAAAUAUGUUGUGCCUAUUGUUUACAGGUUGGACCACAUAAAAAUCAUGAAAAUAUAGGUAUAGCCCGUGCCGCCUCAGAAAUUAGACAAAAAAUGUCAAGAGAUAUGGUUGUAUUUACACAAACGAAAGCUCGAAUGGAGACUCAGGCUAGUGAACUUAAUCGUGUAACGGCACAAUAUUUUAACUCUUAUGAUAGUGUUGAAAAUAUCAUUACCGAACGAUUUAAUCACUUUAGACAACAACUUAUGCAACGUGAAGUAGAAUUACGUAAAACACUUGCAACUUUACGGGAUUCUGGAGAUGCUUCUCUUACAUCGUCUAGAAAAUUAUUUUUAAUGAAACUUAAUGCCUUAAAUGAAGCUAUGCUUCGUUUUCAACACAUGCAACAUGGAGGAUCAGAUCAUGAAGUACUUGAAAGUCGAUCUCUUGUGUAUAAUUAUCUCAAGAAUGAAAUUCCUUCUAUUGUAGGAAGUGGAUUUAAAAUAUCUGACCUUGGUGAUAUAACCAUCAGUGGUCUUGAUAUUAUGUUAGAUUUACAAGCUGUACAUCCUUCAGGUAGUCAAAGUAGUGAUGCUCCAUAUGCGUUAACACUUAACGGUCCACCUUCUGGUGGAUUAUCCACACGACAUCCGAGUGAAGCCAUGAAUGAAGGAAGACGUCCCAGUGUUGGUGGUAAUGGUGUACCCCAACAAAUCCCACAACAUCCAUUACAUCCAGAUACACCUCUUCGACUUUCAUUUCCGGUAGAUGAUGAUGUGGAAGCUACAGUUAAAAGUGAUGGUGUCUUACUGCGAUGUGUGGCUAGAGGUGGACAGACUCAAAUUGGUGUACGAAGUAAAGAAACAAUGGAAAAUGUCGCCUGUUUAUUCCCUGAGGAUGGUGGAUUUGUUACUUGGAGAGUUCGUCUGGAAUCUAUUUCCGAAUCUUUUUUGGGAGUUGUAGAGAAAACUGACGCUGGAAGUGUUCCAGAUGGAUUUUACUGGAGGCCAACAAGAAGUGGUGUGUUUGAUGGACGUAUUGGACGACUCAGUCCACUUAUUAAUCAACUUCCUGUAUGUCGCAAUGGUGAUGUGAUAUGUUUCACGUAUGAUAUACAGAAGGGAACAUUACGUGUUUCUGUAAAUGGAAAUGAUCAUAGUGUAGUCCUCAGUGACGUUCAUCCACGUAUUGCCGCAUGCUUUAUAUUUUAUCCUGGUGAAGCCUUAACAGUUCUUUUCUAA